AUGAUUCAAGCCACUACAACAACACCCAAUGCUUCUCCUUCUUCAAACAAAGAUGUUGUUGCACAAAAGAAAAGGCGCAAACGUCCCAACAAGAAGAAGCAACCGAUGACCGUUCAGAUGGACCAUCGUGCCAAUCCUCCUCUCCAUCUUGACAAGAAGAAGGAUAUUGCUGAUGAUAAAAACAUGCAUGCAAACUCCCAAAACAAAGACUCAACCAAAAGUGUUCAUGGAAGAUCUUCCACACGUUUUAAUAAGAAGAAGAAGAAGAAGAAGAAGAAUAACAAACAAUGUCCAUCUUCAGCGUUUUCGCAAGUCGAUGCGCAUGACUACAUUCAUCACGUCAACGAAACAACAAUAAUCAACCACACGUCCACCAACAACCACACAACUACUGACAACAACAAACAUGGUUCACAAGAGGAGUUUAAAACCACCACUUGUACCUCCUUCUCCUCUUCCUGUGCCUCCUCAUUGAAUCAAUUAACUGCUUCUGGACGAGACAUGUCAUUGAUACAUCAUGAUGGACAAGUCAAAAUGUUGCAACUUGUCAGUGAAACCAAAAAUCGAGUCCUUUCACUAUUGAAACAACAAGAAUGUGAUAAACGGGAAGAAAAAUAUCAAAUGCUCUGUGAAGAAACCUGUGAUCAUUUGAAAAAGGUGAAUUCAGAAAUUGAAUUACUGAUUGGAUUUCGAAAAAGUUUCGAAUUGGAAAUGAAAAAACUUGAAUCCAUGAUUCAUCAUCUCUCACAGACCAAUCUCAACACCUUGAAAGAAAAAUUUGACAAAGAAGAAUAUCGAGUAUUGAUUCAUGCACUUCCAAUUUAUUCCAAAAGACAUGAAAUUUUGCAACAACUUGAACAGAAUGAUGUCAUUAUUUGCUCUUGUUCGACUGCCACUGGAAAAUCUACUCAAAUUCCUCAAUACCUCUAUGAAGCAGGAUAUACUAACAUUGUUUGUACUCAACCUAGAAAAGUGAGUGCAUUCAGUUUGGCUCAACGAGUGUCUGAAGAGAUGAAUCCCACGAUGAUUGAUCACCACACCACAACCCAUAUAAGGAAUAUUCCACAACAAGAACAAUCUUACCACCACUCUCGAAAGGAUGUUUGGAUUGGAUAUCAAACAAGUCCUGUGAACAAAACAAACAAACACAUCUCCUCCAAGUGGACGUCUCACUCGAUGAGUAGCAUUGUAUUCGUAACGGAUCGAAUUCUACUCAAUGAAUAUCAGAAAGAUUCUCUUCUUAGUUCGUAUGAAGUCGUGAUGAUAGAUGAAAUCCAUGAACGAUCCACUUACACCGAUAUUUUAAUAUCCUUAUUGAAACUAUGUGUAAAAAAGAGAAAACUUUUACAGAGACCUUUGAAAGUGAUUUUAAGCUCUGCGACUCUUCAAGUGGAACUUUUUUCGAAAAGUGUCCAACCUAAAAAUUAUGAACAAGCAGUUGUUGACUUGGUGUCAGACAUUGUUCUCAAUAAUCGACAUGAAGGAGAUAUUUUAGUAUUUUUAGCAAGUCGUGAAGAAAUUGACAAGUGUUGCAAAAAAACAAGACAGUUCAUCCUAUCAAAAUCAAAGGAUCAUCCAUGUGUCAUUCUUCCACUCCAUGGAAAGAUGAAUGACAACGAUAUACAAGCUGUAUUUGAAACGACCAAUGAAAAAAGAAAAAUCAUUUUUUCGACCAAUGUUGCAGAAACAGCCAUAACCAUUCAUGGAGUGAGAAUUGUCAUUGAUUCAGGAGUGGUGAAGGAACGAAUUUAUGAUCACGAAAAGGAUAUGAGUAUUCUUAAAAUAUCUCCAAUUAGUCAAAGUAGUGCCAUUCAAAGAAAAGGUCGUGCAGGUCGAUGUAAUUAUGGAGUUUGUUAUCGUUUAUAUUCAAAAAGUGAUUAUUAUCAAAUGAAACUUUUCACAGAACCAGAAAUGUCUCGAUCUCAUUUGGGAAAUUCCAUUUUACAAAUUCUAUCGAGUGGAGUGAAUGAUUUACAAAACUUUGAACUCAUUGAAAAACCCUCAAAGGACGUCAUUCAAAGAGAAUUGAAUCGUUUACAUCGAUUUGGUUUUGUUGAGUGUUCACAUUCGAAAGGACAGGACAUGAAUGAAUCAUAUUUUAUGAAUUCUUCUUCCACCCUAUCGAUUACCAAAGAAGGUAAAAUUGCUUCUGAACCACAGUUAGAACCUUCUCAUUCACGAAUGAUGAUUGAAUCUCUAAAAUUGAACAUUGAGAAAGAAAUGGCCAUGGUGAUCUCCAUGUUGAGUGAGAGUGAUUUUGUCUUUGUGAAAAAACAGAAUCCAUCAUCCAACGAUGCAACUUGGAAGCAUUGGAAUGAGCGUGGAGAUUUAUUCACCUUGUAUCACCUAUUAUCAGAAUAUAUGCGUAUUCAAGAUAAGAAGAAGAAGAAGCUCAGGAAGAGGAGUAGCCCCGAGAAGGAACAGUGGUGUGAGGAGAAUCACCUUUCAAUCAAGGCCAUGAAAAUUGCAGCAGAUUUCAAAUAUACGGAUGUCAUGAAACGAAUCUCUUGGAUUCGAUCCACUUUUGAAAGAACAGCCCACUCUCAACCACCCAUGGGUCAUCAUUCUAGUAGUAAUAGCAGCAGUAGUAGUAUCAGUUGUAACAGUAGCAGUAGCAGUAUCAGUUCCAACAACAACCACAACCACAACAACAACUUCAUGAACACCAAGAAGGUUACUUCGAGUAACAACCCGAGCACUCGAAAUUUCGUAUUUUUAAUGAAAUUAGUGAGCAAACUUGCAUUCGAAUUCAGUCAGAAAAAAAGCCAGUCGCAAAAUCAGUAA